GACUAUGGGGUGGGUUUGGUCGCCGUCUUGGUCUCAGUGGUGAUCGAACUAUUGGCCGAACCGUUGUAUGUGUUCGGACAGACGCUAUGGUUUAUCAAACUCAAAGUGGCCGCCGACGGCCUCUUUCUAAUGACCCGCACUUUAAUAAUGGUUGCGUUGAUCUCCUAUUGGCCGCAACGGGCAGUACUAGUGUUUUCCGGGGCACAGAUUUGCGGCUCAUUGCUCUACGUAUGCCUGUAUUACCUGUACUUUAUUUGCGUCGAUAAGCAACAGUUUGGCCACUUUAUGCCCGAUUGGAUGGAUUCAAACAUGUUGCUGACAGAAGGCGAACGAUUUGUGAUGAUAUUCUUCCGGGUGUUGACGUCCGCCGAAAAGGGUGUCUACGAUGUGGUCAAUAAUGUCGCCUCAAUUCCGGGUCGACUCGUGUUCGCACAGAUAGAAGAUUCCGGUUUUGUGUUAUUCACGCAAAAGAUUGACCGCCAAAUGUCAGCCACCGAUCAAUCAUUCAUCGAAAUGACAGAAUCGGCGACAAUUGUCCGCAAUUUUAUAAAACUAAUGACUUUAUUCGGUUUAAUUGUAUUGACGUUUGGCUUUAAUUACUCUGAGUUGGCGUUACUCUUGUGCGGCGGACACCAAUUGGUUGCCGCUAAUAACGGAUUGGCCACUCAGCUGUUGCAGUGGCACUGCCUUUACAUUCUGUUUUUGUCCGUUAAUUGUAUGACAGAGUGUUUUACAUUCGCGGCCACUAAUUCCCGACAAUUGGAUUCGUUUAAUAAGUAUAUGUGUAGUAUUUCUAUUGCAUUCCUCUUCAGUCUGUAUCUGUUGCCCAAUUGGUUCGGUUGUCAGGGCUUUAUAAUGGCUAACUGUCUUAGUAUGGGCGCCAGGAUUGUCAUCAGUCUGUAUCUGUUGCCCAAUUGGUUCGGUUGUCAGGGCUUUAUAAUGGCUAACUGUCUUAGUAUGGGCGCCAGGAUUGUCAUCAGGUUUGGCCAUAACGUGCAU